AUCUCUGUGAUUAUUCUCACGCUUAUUGCGAAAAAGCAACGGCGUACGCGAGUCGAAACUUAUUGAAAAAUAUUUCCUCGCGUCGACGCUCAUGCAAUAAGAAAUGACGAGUAACUGCGAUUUGCUGCAGACGAUCGAGGAUGAUCAGGAGGUGCCGGAUUAUUCGGAGAAUUCCGACGAGGAGGACGAUUAUCAACCGCGCAAGCAGAAGAAAAAAGAGAACAAGGACUUUGACAGUGGUUUCCAAUUCACUGCCGCCGAGCACAAUCUGGAUCCUUGGAAUGACCUGAGCAAGUAUAUUAAACGCAAACCGAACACGAAAUUAGAUGACAAGAUCAAAAAAAUCAGGAAGGAACAUGAGCAGGCUGGAACGGAGAGUGAUCCUAUUAAAAUUGAACCAGAAACUGGUCAGGAUGAUGAUACGAUUUCUCUGUCUGAGGAUGAGCUUAAAAAAGAUGUCUUUAAAACCAAGGAAAAGAAAGGCAAAAUGAAAAAGGUGAAAGAAAAGAAUGAAGAAAAAACUAUUGACUUUGAAGAAUAUACAGAUUCUCAAACAUAUACUACGUUUUAUCAAAUGAACUUGUCUAGGCCUUUGCUAAAGGCCAUAACUACGAUGAAUUUUGUACAUCCAACUCCCAUACAGGCUGCUACCAUUCCAGCAGCUUUAAUGGGUCGUGAUAUUUGUGGUUGUGCGGCAACGGGCACGGGUAAGACUGCGGCCUACAUGCUUCCCACUUUGGAAAGAUUGUUGUAUAGACCGUUGGACGGUCCUGCUAUUUCGCGUGUUCUCGUACUUGUGCCCACCAGAGAGCUGGGAGUGCAAGUUUAUCAAGUGACAAAACAAUUAGCUCAAUUUACAACGGUAGAGGUCGGUUUGUCUGUUGGUGGAUUAGAUGUGAAAGUACAGGAAAGUGUACUGAGAAAAAAUCCGGAUAUUGUAAUAGCAACACCUGGACGAUUAAUCGAUCAUUUAAGAAAUGCACCUAUCUUUUCCUUGGACAGUAUAGAAGUGUUAAUUUUGGAUGAAGCUGAUAGGAUGUUAGAUGAAUACUUUGCUGAACAAAUGAAAUAUAUUGUGAAGCAAUGUUCAAGAACCAGGCAGACUAUUCUCUUCUCUGCUACGAUGACCGAGGAAGUCGAAGAUUUAGCCGCGGUGUCUCUUGACAAACCUAUUAAAAUAUUUGUGGAUAGCAAUGAAGAUGUAGCUUUCAACCUACGUCAAGAAUUUAUUCGCAUACGUGAGGAAAGAGAGGGAGAUCGUGAAGCAAUCCUAGCAGCGUUAGUUUGCCGAACUUUUCAUGAUCAUGUCAUGGUUUUUCUACAAACGAAAAAACAAGCUCACAGAUUGCAUAUUUUAUUGGGAUUGUUAGGUGUAAAAGUUGGAGAACUUCAUGGUAAUCUCACACAACCGCAACGAUUGGAGAAUCUUCGAAAAUUUAAAGACGAGGAAAUUGACAUCUUAUUAGCGACUGACGUUGCUGCAAGAGGUCUGGAUAUAAGCGGUGUGAAGACUGUGAUUAAUUUCGUGAUGCCUGCCACUCUUCAACAUUAUAUACACAGAGUGGGGAGAACUGCAAGAGCAGGACGUGGCGGUGUUUCGGUAUCGUUAGCAGGAGAACAGGAACGUAUUUUGGUAAAAAAAAUUAUCAAACAAGCGAAAAAUCCGGUUAAGAACAGGAUAAUACCGCCUGACAUAAUAGAAAAAUACAAUAAGAAAUUACAAUCCUUGGAGCCAGACGUGGAAAAGAUUUUGCAAGAGGAAAAGAGUGAGAAAGAAUUAGCUAAAGUAGAGAAUGAAGCUAAUCGUGUCGAGAAAUUACUUGAAGAAGAUGGCAAGGAACGGAGAAGUUGGUUCCAAUCUACAAAGGAAAGAAGAAAAGAGAAAGAAAAUCUUCGAUUAACUAAAAAACAAAGGAAAAGUAAAAAGAAUGAAAAAGAGCCUUCAAAUAUUGUACAAGAAAAAAAGAAGAAAGCACAAAAUGACCCUCAAAAGGAUACAGCAGAGGAUAGAGCUAAGAAAGAAUUAGAAAAGAUAGCCGCUUAUCAAGCGCGAUUGGCUAAAAAGGGUAACAGACAGAAGAAAAUUAGAACAGUCAUGGACGAAAAUAAUCGUGACUUAACUAAAAGAAGAUCAUUGAAACGACCAAAAUCAUCGUUCGCCGCUGAUUUAACGGAUACGAGCAAAAAGGGUGUUAAAAGAAUGCGAUAUGAGGCAAAUAAGAAGAAAGAAGUCAAGAAGAAACAGAAUACAUUUAAAACGCAACAAAAAGGUAGAUUUGCAACGAAAGGAAAGGGCCAAAAGAAAUCUUUUAAAAAACGCUAAUUUUGUAAUACAUAUACGCGCUAGACACGUAAUUAUAUGAUUAAACGUACACAUGUAACAUAUUACUUAAUUUGUUUUAUUAUAGAACCAUUACAAUACGCCAUGUCUCACAGAUCGACAGAUGAAUAGCACUGAUUAAUUGGUUUAAUCAGAUUAUGUAUAUUUUUCGUAAUCUAUGACCUAUUUGAAAAAAUUGCAGUACUAUGCAGAAAAAUGAGUGUAUACUUACAAAAAUAUUUUUAUCGUAUCUAAUCCAAUAAUCUAAACCAAUUAGUAGAGAUAUAUUUGUUGAUGAGUAAUAUAAAAAAUAUGUCUAGUGAGAAAACUGGAUGUAUAUGAAAAAAGAGAAAAAUUUUAUAUUUGAUGAUAAGA